CUGUUCACGAACAGCUCACUAUCGCCUUCGCUGACUACAUGUCGAGCCUUAACGACAGCAGUCGGCAAACCGUUUCAUUCUUAUAAAUGCACUUGGUCAGGCUGCGAUGAAAGCUUCCAAAAUUCAUACAGACUGCAAGUGCACAUGUGGACUCAUACUGGAGAACGCCCCUAUGCGUGUGAAUAUCAGGCCUGUGGCGAAACGUUCGUGUCACGGCAUGAUUUAAUUGCACACACACGCACACACUCUGGUGCACGACUGUAUACGUGUGAGUUUUCUGAUUGCGAUGCCGUAUUCACCUCACUGGAUACCUUAAAAGCGCACCUGAGAACACACGCGGGUGAGUUGCCAUUUGAAUGCGAAUAUCUCGGCUGCAACAAAUCUUUUGUGCUGAGGAGUCAAAUGAAAACACAUAUGCGCACACACACUGGUGAACGUCCAUUCGCAUGUACUUACUCAGGUUGCGAGGCUACGUUUGAAGACGGAAGUGCAAUCCAAGCUCACGAGCGUAUUCAUACUGGUGAACGACCAUAUAAGUGCGAGUUUCCUGAUUGUGGGCAAACGUACAUACAACAGAAUCAUUUACAACAACAUUCAAUGACGCACAGUGGCGAACGUCCUUUCGCAUGUUUCUUUCCCGGAUGUAAUAAAACAUUCAGCAGGAAGGGAACCUUGACUGAACACAUGCUUACGCAUGAUAAACCGUAUGUCUGUACACACCCUGGUUGCGACAAGACGUUUUCUGCCAAACGUUAUCUGCGCAAUCAUUUGCGUAUACACACUGGUGAACGUCCGUUUGUCUGCAACUAUCCCGGCUGUGGAAAGUCUUUCAAUCAAAAGGUCACCUUGACAGCCCACCUUCGUGUCCACACUGGCGAACGUCCGUACAAAUGCGAGUUCCCUGGCUGUAACAAAACCUUCAGCAUUAAGUCAAAUAUGACGAAACAUAUUCUCAAACACCACAAGUAAAGGUGAGGGCGAUGCCACAUUGUCAUGCACCCUUUCAUACGCACUAUGCUUGUAUGCUUGUCGCAUGAAUCUCCUCGGCUGUAGGAACGAAUUCCAAGACGCAAGAAUCUACGGUGGUUCAUCUGGGGCAUACAUUAUUCUCAAUUAAUGUGCUUUGGCUGAGAAGUUAGUGCCACACUUGGCACAGUCAAUCGAGGGUGCACGCAUCUGCGAGACAUGGCUUUUUCAUUUGGCAGCCGUACGCUUGUUGUCGCUCGCGAACGAUGAUGGAGACGAACAGUGCGUGCGCGUUCGACUCAAAAUACCGUCGACCAGUACGACUGAAACUACACAAGCGUUGCAGAUUAAACCUCAAAUGACGUCUCUGGUCAUUAACUCAAUCGCCACUUUAUAAUUCGAACCAAUCGCCACUUUAUAUUUCGAAUUGUAACGCAUAUAUGGGUAAACAUGUGUUGACAACUCAUCGAGCUCGCAUAAUUUACAUAAAUUUGUAUAUAAC